AUGGACAGUAUGGAGUUUGCCUGUUAUGCCGAGAGUGCUUACGCCAGUCAACUGUCGGUUUCUGUGACAACCCACAGCAAGGAAGGAUAUUUUUGUGACAAACAUCUCGACACUACACGGGGUAUGACCGGUGGUGCGCUUUGGGAGAGGUACUUUUACGGUGGCAGUUUGAGCCAUCAAGUAAAGCUUUCAACGUUAUGUAUGGCCAAUCCUUCCCUUUCUACUCAUGCCGGUUCUUGUCAAGCGGAAAAUUUUUGUGCCAUUGGAUCUUUUGGAAUUGGAUGCACUGGUGAGGAGGACUGCCAUGCCAAUGUCUCUAGCUUUGAGACGACUGCGGUGCCAGGAGCUGUUCGAAACUCGUGUCAACAGGACUUUCCUUUGGAUGCUCCUGUGGGUGAUUUCUGUGAAUACAAUGUUCAGUGUGAUUCAAAUACAUGUAUUGGCAACGCUUGCGUUGCUGAGAAAUUAGAAAUCGGCUCUACAGGCUGCGAAGAAGAUGACGAUUGCUUGUCGGGAGCUUGUGCAUCUGUGUCAAUGGGACAGCUUGAUGAAAUCAUCUGUUGUGAAUCUGGUCAAAGCUUGGAAACAGAAGAGGGCCAGCAUGUCUGCACCGGACAAUCUGAAGGUGAAGAUUGCUUCGAUGAUUUGUUGUGUGAAAGCCAUGUGUGCUUGUUUGGAAGAUGUACCCUGACACAGCAAGAGACCAUGAUGCCCUGUUAA